AUGCCUCGUGGAAGACCCAAGGUUCUCGUGUCUCCAUGCAGGUUCUGCAAAAUGGAGUUCAAGCGAGUGGAACAUUUGCAGCGACAUGAGCGCAUUCGUGGGUUUUAUCUCUAUCCCCAAUUGUUCCUUAUACUCAGGAAAAGCCAUUUUCUUGUGACUGUGGAAAGAAAUUUUAUAGACGGUGAUUCAUUAAUUCCUCGGGGGUAG